GUGGCACUAUGUAACGGUGUGAUCGGUGUGUACUUUUCGUAGCGAUGAAAGCAUGUAACGACUUAUAAGGCCUAUGUAGGGUUAGGAUGGCGUACAUUGUCAAAGGAGACAAUUUGUCUGAUGUAAAAUAUUUGGACAGAAAAUAAAAAUAAAAUAGAAAAUAAAUGUUGCCAUCCAUUAUCCUUAUCAGAGUAAUGGUGAACAUUCCAUCCUUCACGCGGUCGUCCGAUUGCAUUUGAUUAACGGAAGGUACAGAUUGAAUGUGUCUGAUUUCCGACAGAACUUUCGCAAUUUAAGAUUUCAGUCAGAAUUAUAAUUUGUAAUUAAAGUCUUCGGUAAGAGACUCAACAAUGAAGUUUAUUCUUCCUUCUGUAACAGCAUGUUCUAGUCGUGUUGGUUAUAUUACAGAUAUACGACGGCUACCUGGCCUAGUAUUAGAAACACCGCAGUUGUUACUAUACACAAAGGGUGGCAGCAUACCGCAUUUGACGUAUGAAGUGUUGCAGAUGGUCUCCAAAGAACAACAUGCUCUGCACAUACCAAUUUCAACUGUCGCACAUUGUCAUGAAGCAGUGGUUGCUUUUGGGAAAGGCAUUGCAGACUUCAUUGGGCUUAAAGAAUAUUUGACAUUCUGCAGUAUACAUGACCCAGCAGCUGUGACUCCCCACGGAUUCAAUGAGAGGGACACAGUAUCGAUAUGGUCUCGAACUGGAAGGAAACAGCUGGACCCUGACAAGUACAUGGACAUGAUAGAAGCCUUUCAGCCUGACAUGUACCAGUCUUUAUGUGAUGGUGAUACAAACCCCACUAGCAGCAAGAAGAGGGUCCAAAAGUCAAUCAACAGGUCAAUAGCAUUCCUUGAGAAAUGUCUUGAGAGACAUGAGAAAUCAGAGGUUCUGAAAGAAAGUGCAAUCUUAGGGGCAGUGGAGGGAGGCUACAGCAUUGAAGGAAGAGAAGACUCUGCAAAGUAUCUUGCAAAUAGCUCUGUCUUUGGUUAUGUUAUUGAUGGACUCCAUUCCAAUGGUCCUGAUGUGGAGCAGUUGACUAUUGAAGAUGUGAAGCCAGUUCUGGAAGCAAGUCUGAAACAUUUACCAAAUGACAAGUUCCGUGUUCUGCAGGGCUGUUGGAACCCAGAGACAGUGCUGAGCAUGGUGGAACUAGGGAUGGAUGCCUUUGAUAGUUCAUAUGUGUACACAGUGACAGAGAGAGGAGGGGCUCUGAUAUUUCAGAAUAGUAUAAAGAAUUUAGACAUUCCCAGUACAGCUACUGAUGUGUCAUAUGGAGCAGAGCCUAAGGAUGGAAGCAACUUGAAACCAGACACAAGUAUAUAUGCACAGUCAUCAUAUGAAAUUCCAGAGAAGAAGAAACGAAUCACAGAUGAUAAACAGGUCACUUCAGUUGUUGAAGAGGAUAAAAGUGUUGAAUCAGAAACACAAGGACCUAUAGUUGAGUCACCAGAGGACACAAAAUCACAAACUACCAGCCUGAAUAGAAAAUAUGAAAUAUCCCUGGCAGAUAAAAAGUAUGCUGAAGAUUUCACACCACUAAGCAGAUCAUGCAGCUGUUUGACAUGUAAAAAGCACACAAGGGCCUAUAUACACCACCUUCUACAGACCCGUGAAUUACUUGGACCAGUACUGCUCACUAUACACAAUCUUCACUAUUACAUGGAGUUUUUCAAAGGAAUAAGAGAAGCAUUAAAGUCAAAUACAUUAGACAGCUUAAGAAAGUGUGUGAGUGAGGAAAAGGACACUUCGUAAGUUCAGUUGCCAGCUCCCUGUUGACAUAAGCAUAUUGUAAUCAGUGAAGAUACACUUCCUGCAGGGUAUUAGGAAGCCAGCAGUAAGUCAUAAUAUCCAAGCUGUGAAAGCUGAAAUGCUACAAGAAAAGAUGGUGAAAUGAACAUGUAUUACACAAGGAUGACAUUAGGAUUCUUUGGAGCGUUUUUAAAAUGUAGAUAUUUGGUAAAUGACCAUUGGUGAGAUCCAUGACAGAAGGAGUGAAAAUGAAGGAAAAUGUGAACAGAAAUACAAAGAGAAGUCAUUAUGGGAGAAUAA